AUGCUUGCAUGGUUUUGCCGCUGCCGGAGGCGAGAUGCGGAGAUUGAGCUAGAUCAGCUAGAUGUUCCGACACCCAAAUCGACAUCUCCAAGUCUUGAACCAACGAAGGCGAGACCGGUGUUGCCAGAGCCCGCAUCCGAGCCACCGACUUUGGUGACGCGCCGGCGGAACCCGAGGCGAACCAGGGUCUUCGUGAGAAUGCCGUCUGGAGACAUUCUCCCAGCAGACCUAGAUUUGAACUGGACCAUUGCGCAAGCAUCGGAUUACAUCAUUGCGAAUUGUAGCAAUGAGUGGCUGGAGGGCUUGGGUGGAGCCUGUGACGGUUACAGCCUGCGUGCCUCGGGAUGCAAAGAGCAAAGGAUUCAAGAGAAGAAUCUUGCGGAAGCAAACCACGCUGAAAGCUGCUUGGUUGAUGAGUGGUGGGCACCAUGGGUUGCCGUGCAACAGACUGGAAGACUGGAAGCUCAGGAGAAUGGUGCUGAGAUUGGAUGCGCUGCUUGCUUGGCCGGUCAGGCCUUGGCCAUUUUCCCUGCUGCGUCGCAGCAGCACGAAUCAUUGUCCUUCAUAGGAGUAGGCAUGAGCCUGUGGUGCAAGACACCUCGGAGGCUGGGGAACACACAGGGAUCCCUCGUCUCCCUCGCCCUCGCCAUACUGACCUCCCAGAUUAAGCAAUACGUCUUUCUAGCAGUGGAAUCAAGCGACGGCUUCGCGGAGGACGCCAAAGACAUCCUUAUCAUGGAGCCCAAGAACACGCACGCACUCCAGGUUGUAGCCCGCAAGCGCAAGAGCUUAACGAGAAAGGUGACCGAUGUGCUUCCGCUGUCGACUGGUCAGCCAGAAGUAGCUGUCGCCGUCUUCCUUUUCUCUGAGGACCGGCCGCUUCAGUGCUACGCCUGCUUAAAAUCUCUGCAAAAGCAUGUGCACGGCGCCGCGCUGCAUGUGACAGUUUUUUGGCAGGCAUCCGAACGUUCCUGCAUUCAUUCUUACCAGCUGCUGGAAGCCCUGCCAGAGCUCAGAAACCAACAGCAUGGAGAGGUUGCCUGGCUGGAAGUGCCGAAGGGUCAGCUGUAUGGGAACUUCUCCAGAACGGUUAGUCGUCUGUCAGCUGACGGGAUCCGUCAUCUGCUCAUACUUUCAGACGCCGUGGUCUUCCACACCAACACAGAUCUUGCGGCGGCUUCAGCCUUGCUCAGCGAACGCUCAGAAACGUUUGCUGUGCGCUUGGAUUUGAACCCUCGCAUCGAGCACUUUCCGGCAGAAGAGCUAUACGCAUCUGCACCUCGCUCCAAGCCGUUUGCGAACGAUCCACGUCUCAUGGUGUGGACUCGCAGCUUCGACUCCUCGAAGAUGGCGUAUGAAGCUGUGCCGCGCGAAAGUGGUUGGGAUGAUAUUCUCUGCUGGACGGCAAGCCUGGUACGUGCCGAGCACGUGGCACACUUCUUCUCGGCGCUCCAGGGGAAGCAGGUUGACACCGUGCAAGAGCUGGACGACAAGGCUGCAGAUUGGCUGAGCAGAAGGCAGCGAAUGAAGCGCCGAGAGGUUUCGAUCUGCACCGCUUGCUUCAUGGAGCCGCUGCUCAUCACGUUUGAGCCCGGUGUCUUCGGAUCUGCGAAGCAGGCUGAUGGGCUCUUCCGUGCCCAUCUGCUGCAAAGCUUGGGAGGGAAGGCUGGCAUGAAGAAGCUGGCACAUCAUCUCAGCUGGAGCGAAGCUGAAGUGAGCAGCUACUUUCAAGAUGUAGAUGGAGGCACUCCACCACCCAGCAUCUUGGACGGGCUGCUGCAGCCGGAAAGGUAUCGGGCGUCUUACUUCGACUCCACGCGCGUGCCACUUUCAGCUCCUUCGGCAGGGCCACCCAGAGAGCUUGGUAGCGAGCCGCUCGUCUCCUGGUUGAUACCCGCGCGCAAUUGUGAAGACUUCCUCCUUGAUUGCUUUCGUUCCAUCGAGCAGCAGGCAGGCGUUGCUGCAAACUCCUACGAGAUUGUAGUGGUCGAGGACGCUUCCGAAGACGGAACUUCCUCCAUUUUGCAAAACUACGCAGAGAAGCAUCCGAAUGUUCGAGUCGUUGACAGCAACGGCAUGCAGCAGGGCGUGGCCGGAUGCCUUCGCGAAGGCUGGGAGCAUUGCCGGGGGAGCUUCGUGGCACGCCUGGAUGCUGAUGAUGAGGCUGCCCGCGAGCGGAUAGUGAAGCAGCUCCGUUUCAUGGAUCAACAUCCGUCUGUCUCUGUGCUGGGCGGCCGGCACAAAUCAUUCUUCACGGAGCACCGCAAGUUCACGGUGGAGAAGAUUUCCAAAAAGGAGGAUGGCCGAGUUGUGGCUGCUGUUUGGAGGGAGUUUCAUGGCCAACAAACUUCGCGGGCGCGUGAGCAGAUCUGCCUCGCUGAAAAAGGCGAGCAGGUGCUGGUUGUAGAGGGCCCAGCUGAGUACCUGAACUGCAGGCUGCUUCGCGUCGGUGAGGAGUCCAUGCUUUUGCAUCCAGAGAGAUGGCAAGAGGCUUUGAGCUCCGCGCAAGGCGGACGCGGAGAGGUCCUGCUGCUGCGGAGAGAUCCUCUGGAGCCUGCUCAGGGCUGCCGUUGGAUGCACCCCUGCCUUGUGCGGGCUGCCUCCAUCUUCGAGGAGUGCCUUUUGGGAACGACCUGCCUCUUCCGCAAGUCGCACUUUGGUGAGGAGUGCCCGUUCAAGAGGGAAGAGGCAGAAAACCAUUGGCUGCUUCUAGGCCUGGAGCCGACUCAGCAUGCGGCAAACAUUGCAGACGUUUUGGUGCAUACAAGGCGUCACACCGGCAAUCGUUCCAACAGGGAUGAGGCAGGCAUUUUUGAGUCGAGAUGUGCUGCCAUCCAGGAUCACCUGAAGAAGGUGCAUAGUGCUGCUGUGGACAUGCAUGAUGGCGCGGCCCUCUUGCAGUUCAGAGGGCCCAGGACUCCCGAGCAGGGUGAGAAGCUCUUGCAGGUGCUGGAGGACGUUGAACGCUCGUUCUUUGCCAACGUGAUCAGGCCAGAAGCAGCCUCCCGAACAGAGUUCUGGCAAGACUUCGUCGCAGGGCGCGAAGUGUCACUGGAGCGUGCCAUCGUUGCGCUGCGCCAGCGCUUCAAGGCUUUGUACCAUGAGGUGGCGCAAGUCAUUACCUCUGUUCCGGACAACUCUCCUCGCGAACACCGGUCACGCACACCACCACGCUGA